UUCAUUGAAAGAUUAAGUUUGGCCGCUUCCUGUUUUGUUGAUAUUUAGUUUAGUUAGUUAAAAGAUUUAGUGAUUGGUUUCCUUGGAAGUUAACGUACCAAUUGUUCCAUUACCAUGGCGGGGCAAGGCCAUCAGUUUCCUGGUAAUUUUCAGCCGAACGCUGGAGCAAUGAGGUCUGGUUUCGGCGCAGGGCCGAUGGGCGGUCAAAUGCAAGGAAUGCCGAAUCAGCUUGGAGGUGUUAUGGGUGGCCCAAUGGCAAACACUGGUGGCAUGGUAGGAAUGGGAAAUCAAAUGGUCACUCCAUAUGGUGCAGCCAUGCAGAAUCAAAUGGGGAAUAUGGGGAUGGGAUCUCAGGGAAUGGGAGUAGGUGUUGGUGGAGCGCCAGGUGCUGGCCUGGGACCACAAGCUGUUCAGCAACCAGGAGGGCUACAGACGACAGGUGCUGUAGCGACGGCAGUGCCGACUGCGCCCGCCGCUGCACCUCCACCGCAGAACAAGGAGUUUAACACUGCUUCACUGUGCAAGUUUGGCCAAGAAACAGUGCAAGAUAUUGUCAGUAGAACUCAAGACGUAUUCCAGACUUUGAAGGCUAUACAGCCUCCCAACGGUACGCAACACGGUGAGAACGCCAGCAAUGAUAAGAAAGCGAAGAUGCAAGAACAACUCCGCACCAUCCGCCUGUUGUUCAAGAGGUUGCGGCUCAUCUAUGAGAAGUGUAACGAAACCUGCCAGGGUAUGGAAUACACUCACAUGGAGAGUCUCAUUCCCUUGAAAGACGAAGCAGAGAACAAGACGUUGGACGAAAGACGGAACACAGAAUCUUACAGACUUGCACUCGAGGAAAAUAGAGAACUUACUGAACAGGUGGUGUUAAAGAAUAAACAGUUGAAGGAAGUGAUAACUAAUUUAAGGACAAUUAUUUGGGAAAUCAACGUGAUGCUAACCAUGAGGCGGUCGUAGUGAUUCAAAGUGUCUGUGUGAACUUGGUGAAAGUGAUAAAGGUAUCAUAGUACGUCAUCUGAUCUUAAAUAUUGUCAUAUCGUAACAAUGUGUCACGCGUUUUUGUGUAAAUUUGCUACAGUCGGUCGCAAGUUCCUUACUUGUUAUCCGAAGCUAAAGCACAAGACAUUUUGUAUGAUUUUAUUUCGGUUGUUCGUUUUCUAUAGAGUUAGAAACAUAAGUUUCGGUUUUAUCCUCUUCUGAGAUCAAAAGCAUCAAACUUGAAAAGAUGCAUCUGGAGUGAAGGUGUAAAACAAUAAAUACCUAAAUGUGGCAAAAUUCCAGUUAUAUGUAUAUAUUGUAUGAUGUAUAUAUGACAUGUUUCUCUAAACCUUAAAUUUGACAACAGUGUAUCCUUGUCAUUCUUUACACAGAAUGAAAAUGAAAGACUGAUGUUAAAUUUAGUUUUAAGUUUAGAGA